AUGGGGACCAUAGAGAAUGGGAUUCAAGAGGUUGGUACCAACACAGUAGAAAAUAUGGCUGAAGAGCCACAGUGCAAUCCUCUAACACUAGACAACGAUAAAAUGGAUUGUGGAGUUUCAGAAAGAGAGGUUAUUGGAGCUCAAAACAUUGAAAAGAAACUCGUUUCAAUUGAAGGAAGUUCGGAAAUAAUUAAGGAAAAGGGACUUUGCCGUGGAGAGACUUCUAAGGAUUUAGGUGCAGAAAGAUCGGGAUUGGUGAAUGUGAAGAUAAUGCAAGCGUUUGAAAAUCUAGAUGUGCCAUCAGUGAACAAACUGAAAAAUCUUGGAAACAUAGGCACAGAUUCGGUCAUAGCUGAUGGUGGACAAUUAGAAGCCCCACAGAUUAAUGCUACUAAUGAUUCUAGUCACUCAAACAAUGUAGCUAGAAGGUCCUCUGAACAAUCACAAAAAAGAAGAGCUAAUUCGAAAGGUCCAGUAACUAGCUCAUGGUCUUUGCGUCCAAAAUCUCAAGAGAAGCCAAAGGAGCCAGAGCCUAUUAACACCUUGAAUGAAGCUACCAUUAGUGGAGAAAAGAAGAGGAGGAGAAGGAAAAAGCAGCAGCAGCAGAAGAAGAAUACUGUCAACGAGUUUUCGAAAACCAAGUCCCACCUGAAAUAUCUGUUACACCGGAUAAGCUAUGAACAGAGCUUAAUUGAUGCAUAUUCUGCUGAAGGUUGGAAAGGACAGAGCUUGGAGAAAUUAAAGCCAGAGAAGGAGCUCCAGAGGGCAAAAUCUCAGAUAUUACGCUACAAGAUGAAGAUAAGAGAGUUGUUUCAGCGCCUUGAUCAGUCACUUACUGCGGGAAAGAUUCCAGAAUCUCUUUUUGACUCUGAAGGAGAGAUUGACUGUGAAGAUAUCUUCUGUGCCAAGUGUGGCUCUAAGGAUCUGACGCUUGAUAAUGAUAUCAUCCUAUGCGACGGUGCCUGCGAACGUGGAUUUCACCAGUUUUGUGUGGAACCACCACUGUUAAAAGAAGACAUUCCUCCUGGUGAUGAAGGCUGGCUUUGCCCCGGCUGUGAUUGUAAAGUUGAUUGCAUUGACAUGCUCAAGGAUUUUCAUGGAUCAAAGAUUAAAUUUACUGAUAGUUGGGAGAAAGUCUUUCCUGAGGCUGCUGCAGAUGCAUCUGGAAUGAAAUUAGAUGAUGGUUCUGGGUCUAUAUCAGAUGAUUCUGAGGAUGAUGAUUAUGACCCUGAUAAGCAAAAUACAGCAGAGGAGGUUGAUGGAGAUGAAUUAAGUCCUGAUGAGUCCAAUUACUUUUCUGCACCGGAUGAUUCGGCUCCUUCUCUUAAUAACGAAAAAUAUUUGGGGCUUCCUUCUGAUGAUUCAGAAGAUGAUGAUUUUGACCCAUCCGCUCCAAACCAAGAUGAAGACGAGCAGGUGAAGCAGAAUAGUUCUAGCUCUGAUUUUACAUCUGAUUCUGAGGACCUCGGUGCCUUACUUGAGGAAGGGGGGCAUGGUGAAGAUCUUGGCCAAGUUUCAUCCCCGCCAGUCAUCGGACAAACCACCACGGAUUGUAAAGAGGAAAAUUCUGGAGUGGGCAGGAAGAAGAGGCAAACACUAAAAGAUGAGCUUCUAUACCUCACAGAGACCAGUGUUGAACCAAUAUCUAGCAAACGGCGUAUUGAGCGGUUGGACUACAAAAAGCUGAAUGAUGAAACAUUUGGAAAUUCUUCUUCUGACUCGAGCGAUGAGGAUUUUGAUGAUGCUACCAGUGGUGAUGAUACAACCAGUCCUAAGAGGAGGAGAACUUCUUGUGCAACAACUCGAGUGAAGUGUAAAACUCCAGAUGUUGAGAAUUCUAUUAACAGUAAUGGUGAAAACCAGAAAGAAAGAAAACAAUUACCGACACGAUCUAGGAGAAAGGUUGCUGAUGGGGGCCCAAAUGGGUCAUCUACCAGAGUUGGUUCUACUAGUUCGGGUUCUAAAAGACCAGCUCCUAAAAGGCUUGGGGAAGCUACCACUCAGAGGCUAUAUGCGUCCUUCAACGAGAAUCAAUAUCCUGAUAAGUCCGUAAGAGAAAAUUUGGCACAAGAGCUGGGGAUCACUGUUUUGCAGGUCAGUAAAUGGUUUUCCAAUGCCCGUUGGAGCUUUAAUCAUAAACCAAAAACGGAACCAAAUUCGACCAAGAAGCCACCUGAGCCUUCAGAGGCAACAGAAGAAAAUUCAGCAAGUAAAACAAAUGAAGAAAUCUCUGGCAAACAGGAAACAGAAAACAGUAAUGGUUAUGCAGGUAAAGUUUUCACUUCACCUGCUGAUACAAUUUCCUCAAAUCCUGUAUAA